ACUUUAAUUUCUUCCUCAAUCAAGUCAAGACCCUCUCUCUCUCUAUCUCUCUAUAGUCUCAAACAUGGCGGCUGUCGUCCCACUUCUGGUCUUCUUUGCUCUUGUCUCCAGCGCAGUUGCCUCAGAUCCGGACUUGCUUCAAGACAUCUGUGUAGCCGAUCUGAAUUCUGGAGUAAAGAUGAAUGGAUUCGCUUGUAAAGAAGCGAGCAACGUAAGCGCGGCGGAUUUCUUCUUCGACGGGCUGGGCAAGGCAGGACAGACCAACAACACAAUGGGGUCUCUGGUGACCGCGGCCAACGUCCAAAAGAUCCCAGGACUCAACACGCUAGGCGUCUCGCUCUCCCGCAUCGACUACGCACCGGGUGGCCUAAACCCACCUCACACCCACCCCCGUGCCACCGAGGUCGUAUUCGUCCUGGAAGGCCAAUUGGACGUUGGCUUCAUUACCACCGCUAACGUCCUCAUAUCCAAGACCAUCAGCAAGGGUGACAUCUUUGUGUUUCCAAGGGGUUUAGUCCACUUCCAGAAGAACAACGGCGACGUACCUGCUGCUGUCAUCGCUGCCUUCAAUAGCCAACUGCCUGGCACUCAAUCCAUUGCUGCAACCUUGUUUGCCGCAUCGCCCACCGUGGCUGACAAUGUGUUGACUAAAGCUUUCCAAGUGGGUACCAAAGAGGUUGAGAAGAUCAAAUCCAGGCUUGCACCCAAGAAAUAAAAGGAAAGGGUAAUUAGCUACGAGUCCGGCUGCCUCAGCUCAUCAGUCUUUCAGAUGAAUUGGGGGGAUGUUGUUGUUGUUGGUCAGGACUCUGGAUUUGUUGGAUUUGUUUAAUUGCUAAUGCUUUUGGACCUGGUCUUUAAUUAAUUCCGACUUUGUAGUCUUGCUAAUAAUAUAAUUUUAUGAGUUAAAAAGUGUCAGACACUAAGCGCUCCAUCA